UUGUUAAAUAUUUAAAUUAUUUUUAUUUUUUCAGUGAUAUUAUUAUGCUGAAUGAAAUUAACUCUGACGAACUUUUGAUCCCAGAACUAACUUCAUUCGAAAAAAUUCUAAAUUGCUUUCUUUGGAUUGGUGGAGUCUUUCAGUUUAUUUGUAUAUUAGCAGUUGUCUUGAUUUCCGAUAAAAAUAUACUAACUGCUCCCUCUGGGGGUGAGAAUGAAAAAGUAAAACAGCUGGAAAAAAGAACUGAAACUGUUAGUAAAAGAGGAAAAAAUCUUGUAAAAACGCUGCGAAAAAGAAAGUAAAAUGACAGAGAUAUUUAACGAAGCAAAAAAACAUGACAAACCUCUCUCAAAACCCGUGGUGGUUCCAAAAAACACAGCGGAUAUUCAAAAAAGGAAAAUUGAGAAAUUAAUGGCAAAUCCCGAGAAACCUGUUUAUAUUCCAGAGCCAAAAAAACAAUGGAAACCAAAAGAUGCCCCCGAGUUUGUUCGGGAUGUGAUGGGGUCCAGUGCGGGGGCUGGAAGCGGAGAGUUCCACGUUUACCGUCAUAUUCGGAGAAGAGAGUACAACAGGCAGAAGUUUAUGAGUUACGAGGAAAAAAAGAAGAAUUUGGAUGAGGAGUAUAUGAAGAAACAGGAAGAUAACAAGAGAUUGGCGGAAGAAGCAACUGCCAAGAAAAGAGCAAAAAGAUUGAGGAAAAAACAGAAUACGAAGAAGAAUAAAAAUAAAAAAAAGAAGUCAGAUGAAAAUGAUCAUGACAAACACCACAUCCUUCUCUACAUAGAAGAUGCAAUCACCCAGUUACUGGAAUACAAAGAUGAAAAUUCUAAAGUCAUUCACUCAAAAUUUUUAGCUGACUACUUCAGAAGUAUCCACAAAGGAACUCACACUUUAUUCCGGGAGUUUGAAUACAUACGAGCAACUGCGCAUAACAGAGCUUGUUUCAUCAAAUGUGUGUGGAGUUGUUUCAGGCAUAUUGCCAGCCAUGGUGCUGAGUUACUGAGUGUGAAGGAAUAUCAUUCGCUUCUUUGUUUGCUGAGUCAUGACUUUCCGAUGGACAUGGUUCAACGCACAGCACGAGUCGUUCUUAUGGAUGACGCGCUUGACUGCUUAAUGUCAUUUCCCGAUUUUCUUUACGCAUUUCAAAUUCAAUUUUAUUAUGAAGAAUUUGUGAACUCCUGCAAAGAAGCGUACGACCACCUCAGCACUGGGUUGAACACAGUAUUCGUUCCUUCAUCUGAAAACUGGCAAUCGAGUAAAACGUCGAUCCAUGAUGAUAGUGGGAGGGGUAAUGAAGGUGUCAAUUGUCAAGCAUUCUACGACACGUUGGCAAAAUCAUGUUUAAAACUCCACUCUACAAGUCCAUGCCCCUCACUACAGCAUGUGCAUAGUGAACUUAGUAAAACACCUCGGAUUACUUUCUAUGGGUUACUGAUGGCUCUCAGUAAGAAUGAUGAUGUAAAUACUGAAAUAGGCCUUGUAGGGGUUGGAGGACUUCUCGUUGUGGUCGCGAGGGUGGUAGCUGGCAUUGGACGAAUAGUUGUAUGGGCUAUGCAAGCAGCCCUGUCCAUAUGGCACUUGCUAGCGUAUGUGUUCCCAUCUGAUGCCAAAAUCGAAAAUUCGUUGCUGUUGCUGUCAGCGCACAUGGUGAUGCAGUUACAACUGACAACGCCGUUGCUCGCGCUACAUAAGAGUUCGAGCAACAAAUUCUUCGUGCUCCGCAAUCUCCGUUUGAACGACAUUCAUUCCGGCAAGCCACCAGUGAUACCGGCGGGGGGCAAAUAUUCUGGGUCGUUGUUCCGUCAUUGGGCGACCGAACAGUGACCACGCCGUCGGCAGAUUGCGCUGACCGUCGAAAGCGGUCCCUCACUACGCUUGAAGAGGUUGCAAUAACAAAUAAACAGCUCAACACUGAAAAAACCUUCACAUACAUCAUAUUAAUGAAUACAGCUAAUAAAAUUCCUGUAGAAAGAAUAUUGUUCAAUCUAGAAGAAUAGCAAAACGGCCGCCUGUCUUCGCGAACCGUGUGGCUCAGUCUACCGAGCUUCCAGACAGACUCGCGUAAAAAAUAUAAAUUAUUCGAAAAAUCCACGCAGUGACUCAUGAAUAUGUACCAAACCAAGCUUGUGACGUUAAGAUAACGGAACAAAACGACCGCUGGACCACAUCUGUAUAUUUUUCUUGAAUACAAUCGUUCCUCUCGAUCAGUCGACGAUAAUGAUUUGCCGCUUCAAUAUUAUCUACUUCUCGCCUCCGCCAGACAAGUUAUACGUGACACCUCAACACAGUCGGCCCCAGAUACGAGAACUAACCCGCUUCCCGAAUAGGUUUUGAUCUUUGUGGAUUUGACACUGUAUUGCCCCACGUAGUGAAGGACCGGCUUAUCAGGGUGACAAAUCGACGUUGCUCUCUUUGAUCCGAACUCUACUACCAAAGUACAACAAAGGUAUCUCAUUCUUCUCGGCUGAGGAAUGUUGUAAUGGCCUCGAUAACCCGUUAAAGAUAAACAGCAAUUGCUGUGCUACUCUAAGUGCAGAAUCUCCAGACGAAUUCAUCAUCAGGUCUGCCUUGUGUUCUCUGGCAUUCGCACGUCGUGACUGAUCGACACUUGUUCAAUUCUCAACCUAUAAAUCCGUAUAGUGUCCAUUAGACUUUUAAUUUCGGGUCGCAAUCAAGAAAAUCUCGUGCAGCGGCGAGUCACGCGCCAGACUACCCGAAAACCGACCGGGUUUUAUUUGAAUAAACAAUUUACGCAAGUUAACUUAGUGUUAUCUGCCCUCGCGCGUGUCGUCUGUCUCGAUUCCUUGUCCGCUGUCCACUCGUAUGAUUGAUGGGUCUGCCGCAUCGCUACGCAAACCGAAAGCUGGUCAGUUCCAAGCUUCUGUCGUGACGCGAGACGUCUGAAGUAGUCUGCGAUCACAAAUGGGAUUUUCUUUUCGAAUUCGUUAAUACCAAAAAAGUUGUUGUUCGUUCUGCUUAUGCAGAGCGAAAAUUGGCCGAUUUCAAAUUAUUAAAGGCGAUAAUAUUGUAACACCCGACGCUGGGGGCGCUCAAGUUCGUCUCACGCGAGCAUUCUUAACACGCUUUAAUUUGCCGCUAUUAUAAGUUCAACCGUCUAGACUGCAAGUCCACUACAAGGCUUCUCGCACCUUUGAUUUCGAUAAAACAUCCCAAGAAAGGCUUU